CUUACAGCACUGCGCAAUGACAUGUAGAGCGGAGGACGGUGAACUAAGCGCAAGUUGAAAAGCAGAUUGAGUCGAAUUCAUUUUCCGGUGUCUUCCGAGCUCUGCGUUCCCUAGGACGUCGCUAAGCAGUGGUGGAGCACCACUUUCGGCUUUUCUGGUGCAUCCAAGUUAAAUCCGGGCCUCAAGAUGAGUGUCACCUUACUGAACAAUCGGAACAAUGAUUCCGUCAGGGUGGAAAUCAAGCCAAUGUUGGCAUCCACAGGCACGGCUGUUACUAUUCAGCCAGCUUCACAGACCAAAAUGGCGAACCUGCCUAAACGACCACCAGUAGAACUCGCCUUCCGUGACCUCAUGUACACCGUUUCAGAGGGAAGAAGCAAAGGCCCAAAAACAAUUCUAAAGUCGGUCAGUGGUUUGAUCAGACCUCGAGAAUUGACUGCAAUUAUGGGACCAUCUGGCGCUGGAAAGUCAUCCUUGCUCAACAUUCUCACCGGCUACAAGACAACAGGAAUGUCUGGCUCUAUCACAGUAAAUGGUGCGGAACGCAACUUAAGCCAUUUCCGCAAGCAGUCCUGCUACAUUAUGCAGGACAACCAGCUGCACGCCAACCUGACCGUCCUGGAGGCGAUGCGAUUGGCUGCCAGCCUGAAACUGAGCAAGGACCAUCCGGACAAGCCAGGCAUUAUUAGAGACAUUUUGGAAACCUUAAGUCUCCUGGAGCAUGAGAACACAAUGACGUCUAACCUCUCCGGAGGCCAGAAAAAGCGCCUCAGCAUCGCUUUGGAGCUGAUCAACAAUCCACCUGUGAUGUUCUUUGAUGAGCCAACCAGUGGCUUAGACAGCUCCUCAUGCUACCAGUGCAUCAAACUGCUUAAGGACCUUAGCCGCGGUGGCCGCACGAUCGUGUGCACAAUCCACCAGCCGAGCGCUCGUCUGUUUGAAAUGUUUGAUCAGCUUUACACCCUGGCCGAGGGGCAAUGCAUCUACCAGGGCAACACGAGCCAGCUGGUGCCGUGGCUGUCGUCCAGGGGCCUCGAGUGUCCCAGCUACCACAACCCGGCCUCUUACAUCAUUGAGGUGUCAUGCGGCGAGUAUGGCGAAAACAACGUCAGCGCUCUCGUGACUGCGAUCGGCAACGGACAGCACGACAUACGCGAGGGCAAACCCUGGCCAGAGGUCAAGGACAACAACCAAGUGGCGGCGCUGCAAAAUGGCGAGAAGAACGGAGGUCAAAACUCGAAUUUCGCUAAGACGACGACCAACUACCUCCCGAAAGACUCGAGUGAGUAUAGUUUUGAUUUAAUCGCGUCGAAAAUAAGCUUAACUCGCUUCUCAACAGACCUUACGGCGAAUCUCCAAGUUGUCGUGCAGAAGGAUGAAGAAACAAACGGUACACCAAACGUGACGGCGUCGUUGCUGGAGCCGAGCAUUGACUCGAAAGAAGCGGGAAAGCGAUAUGCAACCUCGGAAUGGCAUCAGUUCUGGAUCAUUUUGCAGAGGGCAUUGUUGUUCAGCAGGAGAGAUUGGACUUUGAUGUACUUGCGGCUGUUUGCGCAUAUUCUAGUUGGCUUCUUGAUUGGUGCUUUGUACUACGACAUUGGCAACGAAGGUUCAAAGGUGCUCAGUAACUUGGGAUUCCUGUUCUUCAACAUGCUUUUCCUUAUGUACACGUCGAUGACUGUCACAAUUUUAUCAUUCCCCUUGGAAAUGCCAGUAUUGCUGAAGGAAAACUUUAACAGGUGGUAUUCACUCCGAUCAUACUACCUGGCCAUCACGAUUUCAGACAUACCAUUCCAGGCUAUUUUCUGCAUACUCUACGUGGCGAUUGUCUACUUCUGCACGUCUCAACCAUUUGAGUUUUUCCGAUUCGGAAUGUUCUUGGCAGCGUGUUUGAUGAUUUCAUUUGUUGCGCAGAGUAUUGGUCUUGUUGUCGGCGCCGCAAUGAAUGUCCAGAACGGCGUGUUCCUCGCACCUGUCAUGUCUGUGCCGUUCCUGCUCUUCUCUGGUUUCUUUGUCAGCUUUGACGCCAUCCCGAUUUACCUCAGGUGGAUCACGUAUCUCAGCUACAUCAGGUACGGGUUUGAAGGCACGGCUCUCGCCACCUACGCAUUUGGCAGGGAGAAACUCAAAUGCAGCCAGGUGCACUGCCACUUCAAAAAGCCUGAAACCACCCUGGAGGAGCUUGACAUGUUGGACGCCGACUACCGCCUUGACAUAAUUGCACUAGUGGUAAUCUUCAUCAUCUUGAGAAUCGCGGCAUUCCUCUUCCUUCGCUGGAAACUGAAGAGCAACCGAUAAAUUACGCGCCCUAUUUAAUGCCCAAAAUUCGUAAUUAUUUAACCUAAACAAAUAUGAGUCCACUAUUGUAUUUUAAGUGAUACUUUAAUCAGUUUUACGAUUUGCUCUCUUUGUGAAGCUUAAAUCUAUUUUGAGUAAAAAAUAUUGUUAUGGCCCUAUAUUAUCCUCUUUGUCAAAGGGUGCUCGAUUAAAACAACACCAGAUGGUCUGUUCUCGUUCUUAAAGAAGUGUGUGAUGCACUUCAUUUCCAGUUGAGAGUUAAUAUGUAUUUUUGUCCGCAAAAUGGAUAUUUUGGCUUUAGCUCUCAGUCAACUAGUGGCCGCAUAAAAUUAGCCUUGGCAACUGCCAACUGAACUGGAAUCAAGCCGCCGCAAUUGUUAAUAUCGAGCAUCCGUUGCUAUGUGUAUGUGAUAUUUGCAUAUAAAUCUCAACCAUUUUAUACUUUGGGUUACAUUUCAAACCUUGAGGUACAACUGCAUUUGCUCUUCUGACACUUCAGCUUUUUUUAGUUGUGUUAAUAAAAUAACAUUGGCGUA